AUUCCAAAUGUAAGCAAUUCAGGCUUAAAUUAAUUUCCAAAAGGAAAGAGAAAAAUCGCCAGGGGAAACAUUAUUCAAGCUUCGGCCUCCCAUGGCUUUAUAACUAUAAUCUGAGAUCGCGAUCUCAAGAGCUAGAUUGUUUCAAAAAGUUGAAUUUGCAUAUUUUGAAUUGGAGGAGGCGCUUGAAUAUUCUUAAGAAAUGGGGGUUAUGUCCAGGCGGGUGGUGCCCGUCUGUGGUAACCUCUGUUUCUUCUGUCCUUCUAUGCGGGCGAGGUCCAGACAGCCCGUGAAACGGUACAAGAAGCUUCUUGCUGACAUCUUCCCUCGGUCUCAGGAUGCUGAUCCAAAUGACCGAAAAAUUGGGAAGCUUUGUGAAUAUGCUUUGAAAAAUCCAUUACGAAUACCAAAGAUUACUGAUUACCUGGAGCAGAAAUUUUACAAGGAUUUGAGGAAUGAGCAUUUUGGCUCUGUAAAAGUUGUGCUUUGCAUUUAUAGGAAAUUGUUAUCAUCAUGUAAGGAGCAGAUGCCACUCUUUGCUAGUAGUUUAUUGGGAAUUGUUCGGACUCUUUUAGAUCAAACGCGAGAAGAUAAGCUGCGGAUUCUGAGUUGCAGUACUCUAGUUGAUUUUAUAAAUAGCCAGACAGAUGGUACAUACAUGUUCAACUUAGAAGGCCUCAUUCCUAAACUCUGUCAGUUGGCUCAAGAAGUUGGAGAUGAUGAAAGAGCCUUAUGUUUAAGGUCAGCUGGACUGCAGGUUUUGGCUUUCAUGGUGUGGUUCAUGGGAGAACACUCACACAUCUCAAUGGACUUCGACAAUAUUAUAUCAGUGACUUUGGAGAAUUAUGUGGAUCUCCAAAUGAACCCAGAAAAUGCUAAACAAGGCAAGCAGUAUUCUCAAACCCAGGACCAGUGGGUUGAAGGAGUGGUAACAGCAGAGGUUCGUGGUUCAUCAUUCCCAGAUGUCAGCAAGAAGGUUCCUAACAUACCAAACCUCAUCAAUGCUAAAGCUGAAUUGGAUCCUACAGUGGAUGCAACGAAAAACCCCUCUUACUGGUCUGGGUUAUGCUUGCGUAAUAUGGCCCGAUUGGCAAAGGAAGCUACAACUGUACGGCGUGUACUUGAACCGCUUUUUUAUAAUUUUGAUGUUGAAAACCAUUGGUCCCCGGAGAAAGGACUUGCAUGUUCUAUUUUGACAUAUAUACAGUUGCAGUUGCAGGAAUCAGGGUUAAACUCCCAUCUGUUAUUAUCUAUCUUGGUCAAGCACUUGGAUCAUAAGAAUGUUGUCAAACAGCCUGCUAUACAGAUAAAUAUUGUUAAUGUCACCACUCAACUUGCACAAAAUGCAAAGGAGCAGGCCUCAGUUGCCAUCAUUGGUGCAAUUACUGACCUGAUGAAACACUUGCGCAAAGGCAUACAAUAUUCAACUGAAGCGUCAAGUCCUAGAGAUGGUUUGGAUAAAUGGAACGCUGAUCUUCAGUCAGCGCUAGAAAGAUGCAUCUUGCAGCUCUCAAUUAAGGUCGGAGACGCGGGACCCAUUCUUGAUAUGAUGGCCAUGGUGCUGGAGAACAUCCCGACUAAUGCUGUUGUAGCUAGAACUACAGUCUCUGCUGUUUAUCGAACUGCACAAAUUAUCUCUUCCAUUCCUAAUGUAUCCUAUCACAAGAAGGCCUUUCCUGAUGCUCUAUUUCACCAGUUGCUUUUAGCAAUGGUCCAUCCAGACCAUGAAACACGAGUUGGGGCACACCAUAUUUUCUCUGUUAUGCUUAUGCCUUCUCUGAUUUGUCCUUGGCUGGUCUGUAAUGGAAGACCUUCACAAGCUCUUCAAGGAAUUCAAGCAGUUACUUUACCGGAGGUAAAGAGUAGAAGUUUCUCUAUUCAAGAUGAAAGCAAAGACAAAUCCAAUUCCAUGGAUCGAAAAAUGGGGGAGGAAGGGUGUCAAACUUUGGGUGCUGGUUUGAAUCAGUCAUAUAGCUUUAAGCAUGCCAUGAAUGAUGGACAAUCAGAGCUGACUUCCCUUCGAUUAAGUGGCCACCAAGUGAGUCUUCUGAUUUCAUCAAUCUGGGUUCAGGCAACGUCCACAGAAAACACCCCUGCAAAUUUCGAGGCAAUGGCACAUACAUAUAACAUUGCUCUAUUGUUUACCCGAUCUAAGAACUCUAGCCACGUAGCUCUAGUUCGGUGUUUCCAGUUGGCAUUCUCUCUUAGAAGCAUCUCUCUGGACCCAGAAGGAGGUUUACAACCAUCUCGGAGAAGGUCUCUCUUUACCAUGGCGUCAUGCAUGCUUAUAUUUUCAGCCUGGGUGGGCAAUCUUCCAGAUAUGAUUCCUAUUAUUAAAUCAUCUCUGCCAGAUGAAACGGUUGAUCCUUACCUUGAGUUGAUUGAAGAUACCAGGCUGCAGGCUAUUUGUAUACGACCCGGCAGUGAGGAGAAAUGCUAUGGAUCACAGGAAGAUGAAGCUGCAGCGUUGAAGUCUCUCUCAGCUAUAAAAAUAGGUGACACACAGUUGAAAGACACUGUUAUAUCCCACCUCAUGACUAAAUUUGGGAAUCUAUCAGAGGAUGAAUUAUCGGGCAUAAAGGAGCAACUCUUACAGGGAUUUUCACCUGAUGAUGCUUAUCCCCUGGGAGUUUCUUUAUUCAUGGAGACACCACGGCCUUGUUCCCCACUUGCCAAGAUGGAGUCACAGGCUUUUGAUGAGGUCAUGCCUCCAGAUGCCUUGACAGAUGAAGAAGCCUUCCCUGAACCCAAUGGAAGUCAAUCAGGUCGCAAAACUUCUCUCUCCAUCAAUUCACUUGACAUUUUAAGUGUAAACCAACUGUUGGAAUCAGUUUUGGAAACUGCCCGGCACGUUGCUAGCUUCCCAGUUUCCUCUACACCCGUACCAUAUGACCAAGUGAAGAAUCAGUGUGAGGCCCUUGUAACGGGUAAACAGCAAAAGAUGUCAGUUCUUCAAAGUUUCAAGCUGCGUCAGGAAGCCAAAGCAAUAGUCCUCUCCUGUGAAAAUGAGAAGAAAAACCCCUAUAUGCCAAACACGGAGAAGGAAAAAUUGGAAGGGAAUCUAAAUUUGACAAAGACGGAGCAAGUUCGAUGUCCGGAUCAGCUCCUUGUCUGUUCUCGGGAGUAUGCACAACUACAAUCUUUCAGACUACCACCUUCGAGUCCCUAUGACAAAUUUUUGAAAGCAGCUGGAUGCUAAAGAAACUAGAUAUGCAGUUAUACAUACAACUCUUUCUCUCUUUCCUCCCCCGAGCAGUUUGCUAUUUUUUUCAUUCUUUUUUAAUAUUAGAAGCUCGCGUAUUACCUAGCAUCAACUGUGAAACAUUUUUCAGUUUGUGUAGACACUUCUUCCUUUCAUGCCCUACUGUGUGAAAUGAGUCUGAAGGAGAUGGUAGAGUAGGAAAAAGUUGAUGAUGUUGUCAUUCAUUCCAUUUGCAAAGUGUAAAAUUAUUGGGAACUAUUUGUCAACAUUUGGGGUAAUGUUUGUAAGUGUAUGUAUAUCCAAGUGUAUCUAUUUGUGUA